AUGGCUGCCACUGCAUGGUUCACCGUCACUCCACCUUCCUUCUCUUCCAAACCAUUUUUCACAAUCAGAUGCAACGCUCACAACCCUCUCGCACUCUCUUUUACCAAAACUCAAUCAGAGCCGCUUGCACUCUACUCCUCCGUCAAAGCCUUUGCUCCCGCCACCGUCGCCAACUUAGGUUCCGGCUUCGACUUCCUAGGCUGUGCUGUUCAUGGCCUCGGCGACACGGUCUCGGCGAAGGUCGACCGUGAUGUUCGCCCCGGCGAGAUAUGUAUCUCGGAUAUUUCAGGACAAAGCCCUUGCGUCGAUAAACUCAGCAAAAACCCUCUUUGCAACUGUGCCGGCAUUGCUGCAAUCGAGGCUAUGAAAAUGCUUGGCAUUCGAUCGGUAGGUCUUAGCAUCUCGCUGGAGAAGGGUUUGCCUUUAGGAAGUGGGUUGGGGUCCAGUGCGGCCAGCGCAGCUGCAGCUGCCGUUGCGGUUAACGAGAUAUUUGGGAAUACAUUGAGCGUGGAUGAGCUUGUUCUCGCAUGCUUGAAAUCCGAGGAAAAGGUAUCUGGUUAUCAUGCUGAUAAUGUCGCCCCCUCGAUCAUGGGGGGAUUUGUUCUCAUCAGGAAUUAUGAACCGCUGGAGUUAGUGAGGUUGAAGUUUCCGUCCGAAAAGGAGCUUUAUUUUGUAUUGGUGACACCUGAAUUCGAAGCCCCUACAAAACUGAUGAGAGCUGCACUGCCUUUAGAGAUAGAGAUGGCGCAUCACGUGUGGAAUUGUAGCCAGGCAGGUGCUCUGGUGGCUGGAGUGUUACAGGGUGAUCUGUUCAUGUUGGGGAAGGCCUUAUCCUCGGAUAAGAUUGUUGAACCGAAGCGCGCACCUUUUAUUCCUGGAAUGGGUGCUGUUAAGAAGGCUGCUAUUAAAGCUGGAGCGUAUGGAUGCACUAUCAGUGGUUCUGGACCUACUGCUGUUGCUGUCACGGAUGAUGAGGAAAAGGGAUACCUCAUUGGCGAACAGAUGGUUAGGGCUUUUCAAAAGAAUGGCAACUUGAAAGCUUCUGCUAAUGUUAAGCAGCUUGAUCGCCUCGGUGCUAGACUUCUUAGUGGCGUACCUUCAAACUGA